CUCUGAGAAACGGAGGAUAAGAUCCAGCUUCAGACUAAAACCUCCACUUUGACUGAAAGAGGACGACUUCAGGAGAUUACUGGGAAUACUGGAACAGCUCCACUUCACCAGCUGCUGAAUCCACAAACUGAACGACAGUUUUACAGGAAAGUAAAGUAACUUUGACAGAACGGGAAGUGGCUGAGCUGUUUGUCUGCUGUGUUUUCAGCUUCACUCAGAGACAAAAUGGCUUCCAGAUUAGAGGACGAUCUCUGCUGUUCUGUCUGCCACGACAUCUUUAAAGAUCCUGUUCUUCUGUCAUGCAGCCACAGCUUCUGUAGAGACUGUCUGCAGAGCUGGUGGACGGAGAAACAAACCAGAGAGUGUCCGGUUUGUAAGAAAAAAUCUUCAAGGGAUCCACCACCUUGUAACCUGGUGUUAAAGAACCUGUGUGAGAGUUUCUUACUGGAGAGAGAUCAGAGAGCUUCAGAGCCUCUCUGCAGUCUGCACUCUGAGAAACUCAAACUCUUCUGUCUGGACCAUCAGCAGCCAGUGUGUCUCGUCUGCAUAGAUUCAGAAGAACACUCCAACCACACAUUCAAAUCCAUCGAUGAAGCUGCACAACAACACAAGAAGGAACUUCAGGAAACUCUGAAGCCUUUAAAGAAGAAGUUAGAGGUUUUUAAAGAAGUUAAAGAGAAGUUUGAUCAAACAGCAGAACACAUUCAGGACCAGGCCCGACGCACAGAGACGCAGAUUAAGGAGCAGUUUAAGAAGCUUCACCAGUUUCUAGAAGAGGAAGAGGAGGCCAGGAUGGCUGCACUGAGGGAGGAAGAGGAGCAGAAGAGUCAGAUGAUGAAGGAGAAGAUGGAGGCUCUGAGCAGAGAGAUAGCAGCUCUUUCAGACACAGUCAGAGCCACAGAGGACCAGCUGAGAGCUGAACACGUCUCAUUCCUGCAAAACUACAAGGCUGCAGUGGAAAGAGUCCAGCAGCGCCCCCUGCUGGAGGAUCCACAGCUGCCCUCAGGAGCUCUGAUAGACCAGGCCAAACACCUGGGCAACCUGGCCUUCAACAUCUGGAACAAGAUGAAGGACCUGGUCUCCUACAGUCCUGUUGUUCUGGACCCAAACACUGCUGGUACACAUCUCAUCCUGUCUGAAGAUCUGACCAGUCUGAGACGAGGAGGAGAACAGCAGCUUCCUGAUAAUCCAGAGAGGGUUUGUUAUAUCUUCUCUGUUCUGGGCUCUGAGGGCUUUAACUCAGGGACUCACAGCUGGGAGGUCCAGGUUGGAGACAGUAUAUACUGGCAUCUGGGUGUGUUAGCAGAGUCUGUCCAGAGGAAAGGAGACAUAGACUCUGGAUUAUGGAGAAUAGGGUUAGAUGACGAUGAAUACUCAUCACAUUCACCAUCAGAUGAAGGAAUUUAUCUCAGAGUGGAGAAGAAGCCUCAGAGGAUCAGAGUGAAUCUGGACUGGAACAGAGGAAAGCUGUCGUUCUCUGAUGCUGACACUAACACACACAUACACACCAUCACACACACUUUCACUGAGAGGAUGUUUCCAUAUUUUAUGAAUGGGGAUGAUAUAGAGAAUCUCCCACUGCAUGUUUUACCAGUGAAGGUCUCUGUGGCUGCAGGACAACAGGAAUAGACGAUCAGCAUCGUCUGAAGUCUUUGAGGAACAUGUGACCACGUUGUCCUCCUCAUGUUUGUUUCUCCUCAGAUCAAAGAGCUGUCAAUCACUCUGUGACUGGCAGGCGUCUCUGUGGUUUCCUGUUUGGUUAUUGAUCAAAUCUGUAAAACUUCAUUCUCAUUGAUUGUUUUGUUUUUGUUUUAUUGGUGUGUAAUAGUAAAAUUUACUGUGAAAUAACAGAAAACAACAAGUUAUUUUACA